AUGAAUGAGUGCCUGGGCCUGGUAGGCGCCCUGGAGCCAUAUGUCAUGCAGGAUGGAAAUGCCUACAUGACGCUCACCACGUGCCAAUUUGGAUGUCGAGGUCUAACCGGUGUUGGAGCUGGUCCAAGCGUCUUUCUUGCAGGUGCCGCUGAUGGAGCUGUUUCUGGCCAAUCAGAGUCUUUCAACCCACCCUCUCAGCGCGUCCUUGGCUGGCUGGGCGGUGGGCGGGCAGCCGCAGGCACCCUAGGGAGGGGGACAGCCGCUGGGUCGACCUCAUUUCUCAUUUCGACACAUUCAAGAGCUUCCCAUCGCAUCAACCGACGAUACAAACCUCACAGAAGCCCAGCCGCAGGAGCCGGCGACGCUGAUUACAAUAGAACCCUUUUCUUCCCGAACGUCGGCUACCUCGUCCCCUGUACCAUUAUUUGCAUUCAAGGAAAUUUCUAUACUAGACAUUAA